CUUAAACUCCUUUGUAUCAAACUCAACAAGAGCUACUUGCAGACUUUAAUCGAGUCCUCAGCGGCUUGAAAGGCAGCCAAUCAUUGUCACGUGAAGGGAUCUGCAAGCCCCUUUAGCUGAGCCACCCCUCCAUAGCUGCGGCUGACUGCUGGCAAGGCAGACCAAACCACUGAGUAAUUCCUUGGGAAACUAUUUAUUGUUGUGGCAUCGAGUCUGCGAGUCAUUUCUUCUAUUCUCGAGCUUGCACUUCCACAAGGGCUCGUAUAUCUUCCUACAUACAUCGCGCACGACAGCCUCGCACCUUCAACCCCACUAGGUCUCACUUCAGGAGCUUUCCAACUCGACUCAGCGCAGCUUCUGUGCGCGUGAGUUACAGUAAAUCAUCUGUACCAGGUUGCAGAUUGAGAGCCACAAAGGGACACGGCAAUUGAGGUUAAGAACCAUAAGAGGAAGCCACGAUGAGUUUCUCCAACAUGCUCAACAAGCUUCACGGCCAACCAGAGAGCUAUGAUAAGAAGUCAAGAUAUCGGUUUGGUCGAACGCUCGGCGCAGGCACAUAUGGCAUUGUGAGAGAGGCAGAAGGACCAACAGGAAAGGUUGCCGUGAAGAUCAUCCUCAAGAAGAAUGUCAAAGGGAACGAGCAGAUGGUCUACGACGAACUCGAGAUGUUGCAGCGGAUGAAACACCCACACAUUGUCAAGUUCGUGGACUGGUUUGAGUCGAGGGACAAAUAUUAUAUCGUCACACAGUUGGCAACUGGAGGAGAGUUGUUCGACCGCAUCUGCGAGCAGGGGAGAUUCACAGAAAAGGAUGCCUCGCAGACCAUUCGGCAAGUCCUCGAAGCUGUGGACUACCUGCACAAUAACAAUGUUGUCCACAGAGAUCUCAAACCCGAAAACCUACUUUACUUGACCGCUGCUCCUAAUUCUGAUCUCGUUCUCGCAGAUUUUGGAAUUGCCAAAAUGCUCGACUCAAAAGACGAAGUCCUCACAACUAUGGCUGGUUCUUUUGGCUAUGCAGCACCCGAGGUCAUGCUCAAGAAGGGCCAUGGCAAACCAGUAGAUAUGUGGUCCCUGGGUGUGAUCACCUAUACUCUUCUCUGUGGAUACUCUCCAUUCCGUAGCGAGAACCUCCAAGACCUUAUCGAAGAAUGCAACAAUGCCCGAGUCAUCUUCCACGAGCGGUAUUGGAAGGAUGUCAGUGACGACGCAAAGGAUUUCAUUGGCCAUCUCCUGCAACCAGGUCCUGAUGAUCGGUCCACCAGCAAGGAAGCUCUCCAGCAUCGAUGGCUCAGUGGACGCACUGCCACGGACCACAAUCUCCUGCCAGAGAUCCGCGCGUACAUGGCAAAGGCUCGUCUUCGCCGUGGCAUCGAGAUUGUCAAGCUUGCCAACCGCAUCGAAGCACUCAAGAUGCAAGAAGACGAGAACGACGAGGUGCCAGGCGAAUCUGAUGUCCCCGCCGAUGCCAAAGCUGCCGCGGGUGCGGCUCUCUCUGGCCAAGCUGGGCAAGAAGUCAGACCCGGACUGGGUAGCAGCAGUUCGGCAGGCAGUGCACCAGGUGGUAAACGGACACUUAGUAACAUUGCCAAAGGAGCGAUUUUCAGAGAAGUCGUGCUAGCGAAAGUCCGAGAGAUGAAGGAAGUCGAGAAGCAGUUGCAGGUGGAAAAGGAUGCCGAAGCCAACGCCGCCAAGCGGAAGAGCUGGACGGGUGAAAGGUCAUAGGGUGGUUUCAUUCAUUGUCGUUGUGCGUUGAUUUGCCAGUGGAAGGAAAGUCGAUACCCGAAAUAGGGAAUGGUUGCGCGCCUGCUUUUUUCACUGCGUUGAUUACAUACUCAUCACAGAACCUCUUUUACAUAGCGAGACUGGUUUGGUUUGGGGGCCUGGUCAGGAUGAAUGGAAAAAGUCAAAAUUCUCACAAACCUUUCCACUCAUUGAGUAUACCCAUUUCAAGAGAACCUCAAACAGAUUUUGCCUCGCUUGUGCAAAUAUCUCUUAUUUCC